AUGCAGUCUUCCGUCCGAUCAGAACCUCCUCCACACUUAGGUGACUUGCCGAGGACCUUCUCAAAUGAUUCUGUACAUAUCUCCAAAGAGGUGUCGGUCACCUCGAGUCGGGUCCCGACUCCUCCGGUUCAGAGAUCUAUGUAUUCGCCCAUGCCACCGUCGCUUGUACAGCGACCCGCGAGUGCGAUUUCUAGGCCAUUCAGCAUAUCAGCAGGUCAAGUUACGCGCUGGAAUUCAAUGUCUAAGAACUCAGAGAAAUCGUCUCUCUUUCAAAUGCGAACUGAGAUGGGACGUCGAAGGAGCUCAGUAGACCCAGAUCUACUAGAGAGCAACAGAGAGAGUAUGAAAGCCCUCUCAGACUUUCUUAUGACGAGAGAGCCGCCUCCUACGAAUUGGGUCUCGGCUCAAUCAUCGGAUGACGACAAAAGUCUCAAUUCCUUCAAGAGAUCAGCGUAUAAACUAUUUGGAAAAAGCAAGAAGAAGAAGAAAUCAAAACAACAAAAGCUGCUUCGGCUGCCGGAUAGUGCCGUUGCAGCGAGGACAAGUAGAGGGGCGAGGCACAUUGCCAUUUCGAUUCCGUUGGUUCAUGAUCAUAUGGAGUUUGUUAGGAGUGAUACGCCGACGCCGGAGACGAGGAUGGGAAAGAGGGAGAGGACGGAUAGAGCUGCUGUUCAUGUGCUGAAGCCGUUGCAUGAGCUGAGGGAAUCGGGUUCGAUUCACAUUACUUCUCCACCGAGAAGCAGCAAUGGACCGGUCAUUGUCAUCCCCGAAUUUUCCAUCAACCCUCUAGCCAGUCAUCCACCAGACGAAGCUCUUCGACAAUCACCUACACUGGGAGGAACAUAUCUGAAUUAUAGACCUCAACCACGCAUCGAGCCCAGCAACGCACCAAAGCACGAUCCUAAAAGACCGUCCAAAAGCUACGUAGCUGUCUCUCCAACAGCUAUGCAAAGAGCAGACAGUCAACGGAGUGCAGACCCCAGACACUCAGGCGGAACGGUAUACAGCACCAUCUCAAUCGCUACCCCAAACGUAGGCCAUUCCCGUCAAGUUUCCUCGGUAUCAACCGCCCCAAGCGCAACAGCAACCAGCAUAGCCAUUAUCCCAGGCCUCAAGCUCGACUUACCUCCCCGCAACUCCUCGAUGUCAAAGAUCGCAAAGCCAAUACAAGCCGAACUCGCCCAAUCCUCCAACACCAACGACCUCCCCUCCCCACCAAACUCCCCACUCAAACCCGGCGACGAAAGCCUGAGCUCGAAUUCACCACCAUUGGUAGUAGUCGGCACCGCAGAAAUGGUCCGCAAAUACAGCGACGGCCCAACCCUCGUCCGCAGCACCACCCCGCGCUCCUCGCGCCUAACAACCAGCUCCCCUCCCCCAAAUAAAUGUCUCCCCGACCUACCCAUCGGCAAACGGCCCCGAAUCUCUCCUCCAACGACGGAAAAGAAACCCUCCGCCCGACGCGAGCGCGUCAAAGAGAAAAAACAGCGGGAUAUAGAAGCCUUACGCUCGUCUAAAUCCUCCAUCUCUAGACCACCAUUGUCGGAAUCCAAGGAUACGAAUACAAAUACGAAUACAUACCUCACCACCCCUCCGCAGCGGAACCCGAAACGGGUCCUCCGACACUCAUCGCGAACGGCCAAUGUCCUGAGCGGCGUCAUGAUAGUAGCGGACCUACCUCCUUCUCCUUCUCCCUCACUCCACACAAAACAAUCCUCCUCGACAACGACGACGACGAUGACGGCGACGAGACAACAUACACACGCACAUACCCCGCCCCGCUCCCCAACCCUAGACGAUUUCCCCGCGAUCCCAGAUCAUUUCUCGUCUCGGUCCUCCUCCCUGACGCCAACAACUAGUCCUACGUUUCGGAAGAGAGGAGGAAGUUUAAGAAACAGUGUCCUGGAGACGAGGAGGGCGGAGAGGAGGGUGAAAAGGAAUGCGAGUCUGAGGGAGAGGGAGCUGGAUGAGAGGGUGAGGCGGAUCGAGAGGGAUAAUGAGGUUUUGAUUGGGAUGUUGGGGGGGAUUGCUGGGGCGCUGGGGGGGUUGAGGGAGUUGCAGGGGAGGAGGGAGGUUAGGAGGUUGAGGGGUGGGGAAGGGGUGGCGGAGGAGGAGGAGGGGGAGGGGAGGGAUUGGUUGGGUGUUUAA